AUGGAGGCCCAAGCUGGCACCCCUGCUGAGACUAAGGCGUUGGGUCUGGCCAGCCAGGAAUCUCAUCGGCAGAUGUUCCGCCAGAGAACUGUCCUGCUUGGAGAAACUCCUCUGGAGACACUGUCCCGCCUGAGCGAUGCUGCUCAUCGAUGGCUGCGCCCUCAAGAACGCACCAAGGAACAGAUUGUGGAUAUGAUCAUCCUGGAACAAUUCUUGUCUCUGCUUCCAGAGGAGUUGCAAGUUUGCCUGAGAGCUAGAGGGCCGGCCAGCAUCAGCAUCAGCAGCAAAGAAAUUGCUCAGGUGGUGGAGGCUGCCCUGCAGCAGCGAGAACCAGCUGAAGUCGUCGCCAAGUUGCCAGUGAACUUUGAGGAGCCAUCGGCGUCCCUUUCCGAAAGUGAGCAGGCUUCAGUGAACCCCAGGCAAAAGACCCUUUACUGGAAAGUCAUUAAGGAGAGUGAUGAGAGCGGGUCAUCAUCAAUGGGCCACUCAGAGAUCUUCACUGAACUGAAUCCCUCUGAAAACACCUUAAGGAAUAGUUCAGUCCUCUUUAAACAUGUUGCCUCUACUGCAAGAGAAAGAUGCUACGCUUGCAAGGACUGUGGGAAAAGUUUUGCUUGGAAAUCAACCCUUAAGCGGCAUCGGAUGAGUCACACAGCCAACAGGCCUCACAAAUGCCAUGAGUGCGGCAAGAGCUUCCAAGUCCGGUCAACUCUUGUCGGUCACCAGAAGAUCCACACAGGGGAGAAGCCUCACCAGUGCUCCCACUGCGGCAAGAGCUUCAGAGUGAAAUCAGCCCUGACCCAGCACCAGAGACUUCACACUGGAGAGAAGCCAUUCCAGUGUCCUGAUUGUGGGAAAAGAUUUAAUGAGCGCAUGAAACUCGUCUAUCAUUAUAGAACCCACACUGGUGAGCGACCCUAUCAGUGCUUCGACUGUGGCAAAGGCUUCAGUAUACGUUCAAGUCUUAUUCGGCAUAAUGAGAGAGUCCACCCUUAGGGCAAUUACAAAAAUAUCCUCUGUGUGGAAGAGCUUUCAAGUCUAGGUUCUUUUUACAUUUUGUGUCUUUUGACAGACGUGUCUUUUGGCAUUUUGUAAAAUACUAUGUGGUUUGGAAAAGCCUUGAUUUGAAUGCAUCUGCCCGCUUCUU